CAGUGCAUCUCUCGUGCUGUCUAUGCUCGCACUGCAGUCAUUAGUUUCCAAUCACUUCGUCCUAUCACAGUUCCCUGUUGAAUGUUUAGACGACACCAGCCUCGCCAACAGAAAGUGCUGUCCAACCGUGAGGAUAUUAGGUAUUAAUCACGAAUGUGGCGGAAUCUUCCGUGGAUCCUGCAGAACUAUUUCAGACUCACAUUGCCACACAGAAACCUCCUCCGACCCCAAGGAUAUCCUGGAAUAUCUAAAGAAUCCGACAUACGAACCGUCUCGCUACCCCUGGCCUAACCGAGUGUUCACGCAAGUAUGUGAGUGCGAAGGAAAUUGGGCAGGCUAUAACUGUGACGAAUGUAAGUUUGGGUACGUGAGAACCCCAAUGGGACAGGGCGGUGUUGCGCGAUGUGUGAAACGCCAGACACCCCUAGUGCGGAGAAACUUUCUCACCCUGAGUCCUUCAGAGCGCGAUGAUGUGCAGAAACUCGUUGCUGCCUCUCGAAAUAGAACGGGGGCUGGUAAGAGUCGCUUUGGCGUGCUAGUGGAUGAAAGUCACUUUCCUCGCACCCCAGGCACCAGUAGUCCAUCACAACUCACCAGCCGUGAUUUCAAGACGGAUAUCUCUACAUACGAGUUCAUGGCAUGGAUACUUCGCCUCCAAGGACAGCGGCGCCCCACCAACGGGGUUUCCCCAUGUGUACAUUGACUUUGCCCACAGAAAUCCCUCUUUCUUGGUAUGGCAUCGGUUGUACAUGCUGCUGUUUGAGGCUGAGCUGCAGUUGGUGUCUGGAAACUCAUCAUUCGCCCUUCCGUACUGGGACUGGUUAGACAAUAGUACCAGAGACACCUUGCUCACAGAGAACAAGUUUGGCAACCCAACAGGCCUGACUGGAGUACUGGCAGACUUCACUGUCACCUGCUAUGCUGCUUCAUUCUAUCCUUGGGCCACAUGGCGUGGUAAGAACAGUUUGUGCACACGCGGAGAGUUUGAUUCCACAGUCAAGGUGUCCAGGAAAUUUGGCCCUUGUGAAGAGACGCAAUUCCUUCCCAGCAACCGAGAUAUCUGGGACGUAUUGACAACCACCGACAGAUACGAUAUGGAAAAGUAUAAUAUAAGUUCGACCGGAUACAACAGCUAUCGCAAAGUUUUGGAGGGUUCCACUCCAUUGACUGGCAAGAAGUACUGUCAAAACCGAUGGUGGAAUACUGUUCACGAACUUCACAACGCCGUACACAUCUAUACCGGUGGAACAAUGGCCAACGUAGCAGCUUCCACAAACGACCCACUCUUUUGGCUUCAUCACAGUAUGGUGGAUAGAGUGUUUGAGAUCUUCAUCAAGAGGAACGGUGAGACAUACACACUGACAGUGGGUGCACCACCAGGUCACAAUGCUGAUGACUGUAUGGUGCCGUUCUAUCCCCUGCAUCGUAACAAGGACUACUUGAAACUGUCAACGAAGCUUGGCUACCAGUAUGACAGUCUGCCAGAAUACGCACAUGAACCUGUCCGACACGAGUGGAGUCAAUGCGCAGGUAAGUCUUGCAUGCAGCCAUAAUGGUGCUGCACAUGUACAUAAUUUCUUGCAUUAUUCCUCUUUUGUACUUUGCCUUGCAGCGCCGCCAUAGUCACAGUAUGGAAAGCAGCGAGAAGUAUCCUGCGCUAAAUGAUGCUGAUGUACAAAUAAUUGAAUUGCUCUUGGCUGUUUCGGUCCAUACCUCGAUUCUUGUCUCCGAUGCUGUUAUGCUCGAUCUGGUUGAGCUCCGCAAGAAUAGCUGAAAGAGUGCCGAACUGGGAGAUGUGCUGUAUACUCUUGUUGCUAUUUGCUGUAUCUGUGCUGAUGAUGAUGUGCGUGCUACGA